GAAAAAAAAAUCUGAGUUUCCGAGAAAAUUUUUAUAUAUAAAAGAAAAUCUCAAAGAAUCCGAUCUUUGUCUCUCUGUUUCUGUAAAUGCUCUAAGCAAGUUCUUGUUGUUGCAGUAGAUAUGGAAGGAGACACAAUCUCUGGGAUGAUGAUGAUGAUAGGGAAUGGAUCAGUUCAAAUGGAUGGGAAGAUUCUUCAAACGUUUGAGAAAAGUUUUGUUCAAGUGCAAAACAUAUUAGACCACAACAGACUUCUCAUAAACGAGAUAAACCAAAACCAUGAGUCCAAGAUCCCGGGAAACCUAGGACGAAACAUCGGUCUGAUCCGCGAAUUGAACGAUAAUGUUAGAAAGGUUGCACAUCUUUAUGUUGAUCUUUCUAAUAACUUCUCUAAAUCCAUGGAAGCUUCUUCUGAAGGAGACUCAGCUGGUGGUCACAGGAGAACAAGGCAUGGUUAAUGUGUAAGAGAGAAAAGUCAUAAUAGAGCAUAUUUUGCUAAGUAUUUUUUAUGUAUUAUCUGAAUUGUUUCUUUUCGUUUACUUUUGUUGUCAAAAUGUCAACGUUUUAAUUCUUUAUUUCCUUUCUCAUGUCAUAGAAAAAAAGAAUUAGAGAUUAGAGAUAGUGUUCUAUAAUAAGAAAGCUAGGUUUAUUAUAGGAUACUAUCAUUUGUGGAAGUUUUAAGCAAUUUAAUAACUCUAUUUACAUAA